GCCUUUGAACUGCUCAUCUAUCAAAUAUUCUAAACAGGGAUAUUGGAAUACAACCCGUUCAUCUUUCGACUGCAAAAUCGACAGCCAAGAUGUGUCGACUCGAGCACUGGCUUUGCUGCAUAUGCGAGGACGCUUAUGUUGCCCUUAACUUCUUUUGUGUGGAUGUGGCUCCUGGAGCACCAACCUGUCCGAACACGACCCGUUACGAGCGACAUAUCGCAGCACGGUAUUGUUACUUCUGUUCUAAUGUAGGUCAUGGCGGCGCCCCUCUACCGUCAAGAACUAAAGAAUAUCUCGAUAAUCUUGCAAGUCUGGAAGGUAUGCUUCGUGUGGCGGCUAGAACGGACCGAGAUGAUGUUACCGUUUCGGUGUUUAGCAACUGGCUGAUGGGGUUUUAUGGCCCCAAAAACAUCCGCCCUUUCGCAGCCAGCCACCCGGCGAUACACAGCGACUCUACUAAAGACCACUUCGCACGCAACCUUUCACCGCCACAAAAGGUAGCUUCUUUUAUCCUUACUUCAUCUGAAAUAUCUCGGGCUAGCGCGUUCAUCUAUCAAACUGCAAUCGUGUCGAACUUGACAGCUCAGCCAUGCUUCCAACCUCCUGCAAUGGUCCCAGAGCAAGGCCAGCCUAGUUGCAGAACCGACAAGGGAGUCCGUCGCUGGUCAAAUAGGACACAUAGAAUGAUGUCCGCCGAGAUGGAACAGCAAAGCUCGUCAUCUUCUUGGCCGAGUUCAUCUCAUACAUCACCAAGAGAUGCUAUAUAUGCUUCCUGGGAAGAUAGCAGUGAGCCCUGGGAUACUGCCAAGCCAGACGUCACUAUGCCCAACAGAAAGCGUUUGCCUAUAUCGUUUAUUGCCGUCGACGACGACGACGACGACGAUAUCGAUGUUCGUGUAACGGCAUCCAGCAAUGACUUAAAAGGUAGGCAAAUUGUGGCCCCGCUAGCCUCUACUCCAACUUUUGCAGGUAAUAAUGCAAAACCUACUGUCGAUACUGUAGAUCACGUCCAACAGCCUGUUGCUAUGAGCUACGUAACUGUGACUUCUAGCGACUCGACUGCUCCGGUAAUAUCCAACACCGAUAACAUUAGGGAUGACAGAACCGACAAGCAGGGGGUUGGGAAACUCCCCAGAACCCAAAGGCCCACCCGAUCACCCGCUAUUAUCCCGGUAAUUCCUCUUGUUCCUAUCGUUACAGCUAGGACUCCUCGAGGGCCUGUCAAAUCUCGAAUUGCAUCUACCCCCAGAGCUGUAACUAUUCCGAUCGUUACUUCAACUGUGGCCCUGACUCAAACAAAAGCCGAAGCUGCAACUCCAACACCAACUAGUCCACAAGUCGUAGUAUCGGCCGAGGUAAACGUUGAGAAGGAGAAUGCCAAGGCCAGGACUUCCAAAUCUGUCACUCCUAAGGACACCGCAGCUGCUCCACGCGAGGAGGAUGAGCAAAAGAACUUACCUGUAUUUCCCGAGGUACAAAAGAAGCCCCUCCUCUACAGCCAGGCAAUUGCUACCAACACCUCACCUAAUGCCAUUCCUACCGGCCCCCGCGGCCACUUCAUAAACCACACUGAGAGCCAGGACGAGCCGAAGAAGAAGGAUCUCACGCAGAAGCGACCAAAGAAUUCACGCCCGAAGAGAAAGGGGCAGAAGCAAAAACGAGGACAAAAGAAACAGCAGCAGCAUACGCAAGAACAAGAGCCUAAACCGGAGCAAAAUUCGGGGCAAGAGCCGGAGCACCAUCAAUUCCGACUACCAAGUCUAUCCUAUCGGGAUGCUCUUAAAGGCAGUCCUACAGGAAAUGACAUCUUGCCCAGCUCAUCCUAACCGCAUUUACCUCCUCAACAAGGGAAUAGAGGCCAGAUUAGCACAACCAAGUGCUUAAGGCAGAACCCACGGCGGGUAUAG